AUGUUAACGCGCGACCAGCUGAUCGAUGUAUACGGCCCAACAUCACCGUAUCAUAGCAGUACUACGCUAAAUCAAUUCCUAAGCAUCCGUCCAGAAGCUUUUCACGGCCAGAUUAUUCAGGCAGUACGUCAGCUGGCUCGGAUGGAUCACGAUUUGUCACGGAAACGUUGGAAGCGUCAAGUGCUUUCACCAAUCCUACUGAGUGCAUUUAUUUUUGAUCCAGUCAGUGUCUCGCAGCCCGUUAUCUUGUCUCCUGUCGUGUUAACUCCUUUAGUUUUUUCACCAGCUAUUUUUGGUGCAGUUAUUUUGAGCCCCUGGCUUUUCGUGCCCAUCAUAUUGGCGCCACGUUUGUUUAGUCCGGCGAUCGUCUCUCCGGCAGUCCUCUCCGCCUUUGUACUAUCUCCAGUGAUUUUGGACCCGUUUAUUUUAUCGCCCGGGGUCAUCGUCCCUUAUAUCCUGUCACCGAAACUGCUCUCACCAGCCAUCCUAUCACCGACUGUAAUGGCUCCACUAGUACUGAGUCCAUUUUGCCUAAGCCCAAGUAUCUUUUCAUCAUCUGCUGUGACCGCGCUUGUCCUAAGUCCGUUCGUGCUGUCGCCGUUCGUUUACUCGCCGUCCUACAUCGCUGCUUUGGUUUUUUCGCCUAGUGCCAUGUCACCUCUAAUUAAUUCGACUGGAAAAGGGGUGCUGAUGUUUUUUUCGCCCAGCGUUUUCAGCUGA